UAAAACAAUAAGUACCAGCAGGCGGCGCGCGACCAGAGUGAGCAGAGGCCCCGGCCCGGCAGCAACAGAGCGAGCCAAGCGUUUGUUGUGAUAUCCUGCCCCGUCCUCGUCCACCGCCGCGAAGCCGCGAACCGCCAAGCACCACCAUGGCGCACCUCAACAACGACCUGGGCAUCGGCCUGCAGUGCAUCAAGUACCUGCUGGUGGCCUUCAACUUCCUCUUCGCGCUGAGCGGCACCCUGCUGGUGCUGACCUCCAUGAUGGUGGCCGGCCCCCUGUCCGAGCUCAAGCCGCUCCUGGACAGCCACUUCCUGUACCCGGGCGUGUUCCUGGGCGUGGUGGGCGGCGCCGUGAUCGCCGUGUCCUGCUGCGGCAUCUGGGGCGCCCUCAAGCAGAGCACCGCGCUCAUCUCCUUGUUCUCGUUCCUGCUGAGCAUCCUCCUGCUCCUCGAGCUCGGCGUCGGCUUGUCCGCCUUCGUGCUCCAGGACGGCCUCCGCAACGCGCUGCGCGACCGCAUGUUCUUUGGGAUCAGCGCGUACAACGGGGACCCCAUGAUGCAGCGCGCCGUGGACCGCAUGCAGACAGGGCUCCAGUGCUGCGGCGCGGAGGGGCCUGCGGACUGGGAGGAGGUCAUCCGGAACACCACCCUGCCGCGUUCCUGCUGCACCAGCCACCCGACCAUCACCGACUGCACGGCAGACCAGAUCUUGAACAUCGUGCCCGGCUGCAUCCCCGAGAUGGGCAUCUUCGUCACCAGGAGCUCGGCGUUCAUCGCUUCUACCGCUGUGGUCACCGCGUUCACUCAGUUCCUUGGAGUGCUGUUUGCCUGCACUUUGGGUCGCUCUAUUCGACAACAAAAGACACUGCAAGAGAUGCGCCGUGUGCAACUGCGCAACAACCUCGUCAACUCAUAUUCUCCUCUUGAGACAAAACCCAUGCCCCCAAUAACCAUUACCUAUUAGAUGUCUACCUUAAUAAACACACAUAUGUAAGAUAAUCACUUCCUUUUGUAAAAUAAAUGCUAAUUUAACAGAUGCAA